AUGCAACUUGCAACGGAGGACGUGGGCUAUUUUCCAAGAGAUCGGACGAUCUACCUCUACUGUUAUGAUGAGUGAGUUGGAAAGGCCGCACCCAGCAGCAGGCCCUGUACUUGGCGCCCAAUGCAGCUGAUCAUACUCACACUACUGCCAUGCCCACUUCUGAGAACAGAGAGGAUCAUAGUUGGGCUGUUGAGGCUGCAGACGCCAUCACUACGGACACCAUGCCCAGUGCUCCCAAGGACACGCCCAUGGUCCCUUUCCGCGUAGCAUUCGUGCGCUAG